ACGCGGUGGUUCCUCACUUCCUGGUUGAAGAUGGCGGAUGAGAAUGAGACAGCACCGAUGCCGGAGCAAGAAGAUGUAGACGACCACGGACACUGCAGCGACUGUGAAAAUGAAGAGCACCACUUUGACGAUGGUGACCGUGGUCUGGGUGACGACACUGGCGCCAAGAAGAAGAAAAAGAAGCAGAAAAAGAAGAAGAAAUCUGGUGCCACUGAAGCAGCUCAGGACCCCCUUGCCAAGGUGAAUUCAUUGCCAGCUGAUAAGCUACAGGAGAUCCAAAAGGCCAUUGAACUUUUCUCUGUAGGCCAGGGCCCAGCCAAAACCAUGGAGGAGGCCACUCGGAGGAGUUACCAGUUCUGGGACACACAGCCUGUCCCCAAGCUUGGGGAGACGGUGACUUCACAUGGCUCCAUUGAGCCUGACAAAGACAACAUACGUGAGGAGCCCUACAGCCUCCCGCAGGGCUUCACCUGGGACACCCUCGACCUGGGAAACCCUUCAGUGCUUAAAGAGCUUUACACUCUCCUAAAUGAGAACUAUGUGGAAGAUGACGACAACAUGUUUCGAUUUGACUACUCCCCGGAGUUCCUGCUAUGGGCCUUGCGGCCUCCUGGCUGGUUACCCCAGUGGCAUUGUGGGGUGAGAGUUAACUCCAACCAGAAGCUGGUCGGCUUCAUUAGUGCCAUUCCUGCCACCAUCCGCAUCUAUGACAUAGAAAAGAAAAUGGUCGAGAUCAAUUUCCUGUGCGUCCACAAGAAGCUUCGCUCCAAGCGAGUUGCUCCAGUUCUGAUCAGAGAGAUCACCAGACGGGUCAACCUGCAGGGUAUCUUUCAGGCUGUGUACACUGCAGGAGUGGUACUGCCUAAACCCGUGGGUACAUGCAGGUACUGGCAUCGUUCUUUGAACCCACGUAAACUAAUCGAGGUGAAAUUCUCCCACCUGAGCAGGAACAUGACUAUGCAGCGCACCAUGAAGUUGUACCGUCUGCCUGAGGCUCCAAAGACUUCUGGUCUGCGGCCAAUGACCAAGAAGGAUGUGCCGGUGGUACAUCGUCUCCUCCUUGAAUACCUGAGCCAGUUUAACCUGGUGCCCGUCAUGAACCAGGAAGAGGUGGCACAUUGGCUGCUACCACGGGAGAAUAUUAUCGACACAUACCUGGUGGAGAAUGAUGGCAAAGUGACUGAUUUCCUGAGUUUCUACACACUGCCCUCCACCAUUAUGAACCACCCUGUGCAUCGUAGUCUCAAGGCGGCGUACUCCUUCUAUAACGUGCACACCACCACCCCCCUGCUUGACCUGAUGUCUGAUGCCCUCAUCUUGGCCAAAUCGAAAGGGUUUGAUGUCUUCAAUGCACUGGAUCUAAUGGAAAAUAAGACUUUCUUGGAGAAGCUUAAGUUUGGCAUCGGAGAUGGCAAUCUACAGUAUUAUCUGUACAAUUGGAAGUGUCCCAGCAUGGGGUCAGAAAAGGUUGGGUUGGUUCUGCAGUGACAUCCCUUUUCGCCAUAAAGUGUCACCGACGGGCCAGGAGACGGCACCAUCACACUGACCACCUGACAGAUGGACUGAUGACUUCCUGCUUCAGGAAAGGAAACCCCGCCGCCCAUUUUUUUACUUUUUGACCUUUUGAACUUUGACCUGCACUACCGCUGCCAGGCAGGGAGGCAGGGAGAGUCUUCCUGCUCUUCCUACUCCCUCAAUCACAUGGACCUUAAGCCAUUGUAGUUACCAUCCCAAACAACUGUAUUACAUCUGAAAGCUGUCUUGAUUGUACCAAACACACAUACACACACAACAGUUUGCACAGAUUGACUGUAAACCAAAACACUCACUGUCGACAAACCUACAAAAUACAUGUAAAUAAUAUCAAACAUAACUGCGGAAUAUGUCCUAACACAUUCAGACUAGAACCUACUGUUUUAUUUUAUUCCUAAAUGUUGGAAGUGCUUUUUGAAAAUAAAUCUGUUAUCUUCAGUUUUAGACAAAAAACACUCAAAAUAAAAAAAAUAUUUUAACAAGGACAAGGCUCAAAAAAGAUGAGGUAAUAAAUACCAAAAGUGGACACCAGAUAAGGGCUUCUGUCACCAGUUUUCAUGUCAUGCUUGAACCUGUGUGUUUUAUUUUUCUCAUCAAUGCCCUCUGUUCUAAAUGUCAUUAUGGAAUUGUUGCAGCUUUGCUCACAGAAGCUGUACAUGCUGGAGCUGGCACUCGUCUUCUGGAGGUGUUUGUCCAUCUGUAUUAACUUUCAUGACCCCUUUCUCCAGCUUACUGCACUAACAGAAGAAGCCCUGUUCAGAAGAAAAUGAAAUAUACUGACUGUUAUUCAUGAAUCAGCGCAGUGGACUGCCGCUUCGAGAAACUGACGGCAUUCUGACGGGGUUUACAUUUUAUCAGCAGGGAUCAGAUUUAUAACGAUGCCUCUUGAUUUGACAGGACCUAGCUACAACUUCCACACCUAGCACACUCACAGACCUUGAUUUUCCCCUAAUAAAAUUGCAAAGUUUAGAGUAAAAUUUGGAACCUUAAGUGCUUUUAGGCACUUUUUCCACACUUUUAUUACCUAGUCAUUCUGCAAACUUUGCUUAAUGGAGGUUUAAUAUAAUCAUGAAAUUAAUAAAUUACAAUACAAAACCUGAAAAAA